UUGACGACAAAGGUCGAAUCCGGCUCGCCCUACCAAUUGGAUCCUUCUCAGACUCUCCGCGCAGCCUCCGCCCUGCUUAAGAAGAUUUCCGGCGACUCUGGGGCGCGCAAGGACAAUGGCGGCAAGGCCAACCUGCUCGAGGAUGCCGACGAGGAGGAGGACAGCGAUGAGACUGCAACCACCGUCUGGCUCAACGUCACCACCAAGAAGCACAUCGCCGACCAGCGCAAGAUGAAGCCCGGCAAGAUCAUCGUUCCCUUCCCUCUGCAGUCCGCUACCUCGCCCUCUCUGCGCAUCUGCCUCAUCACCGCCGACCCCCAGCGCAAGUACAAGGACAUUAUCGCCAGCGAACGCUUCCCCGCCCAGCUCUCCUCCCGCAUCAACCGCGUCCUCGGCACCGAGAAGCUCAAGGCAAAGUACAAGACGUACGAGUCCCGCCGCCAGCUCUUCGCCGAAUACGACAUCUUCCUCGCCGACGACCGUAUCAUCACCCGCCUGCCCAACCUCCUCGGCAAAGUCUUCUACGGCACCGGAGCCAAGCGCCCCAUCCCCGUCGCCAUGCAAGGCAAGCCCGAGAACGCCCGCGACGAAGCCGGCAACAAGCGCGUCAAGCUGUCCGAAGGCGGCGACAAGCUCAAGCGCUCAGAAAUCACCCCCGAGGCCCUAGCCCACGAGAUCGAGCGCGCCGUCGGUGCCGCCCUCGUCCACCUGGCCCCCAGCACAAACGUCAGCAUCCGCGUCGGCAAGAGCAGCAUGACCGCCGACCAAGUCGCCGCAAACGUCGACGCCGUCGUCACCAGCCUGACCGAAAAGUACAUCCCCAAGGGCUGGAGAAACAUCCGCUCCCUGCACGUAAAGGGCCCCAACACCGCCGCCCUGCCCAUCUGGCUUGCAGACGAACUCUGGGAGGACGAAGCCGAUGUCCUCGAGAAG